AUUUCAUGUCUCUCCAGAAACAUCUGUUUUGUUUCUGGAACAAUCUAUCUCACAAAAUAUAAAUCACCUCACCCACCCUCUCUGUCUCACCAUUUAGUUUCAAAAAUCAAAAUCUCAAAAUAGAAGAAAAGAAAAACAUUUGAUCUCUUAACAGCACUUUUCACUUUCUCGGAAGCCAUGGACUUCAGGGUGAUGGGUUUGAAUUCUCCAUUGUUCCACACUCUUUAUGACAUGAUGGACAUGUCGGACGACACCGCAUCCGACAAGACACUCAAUGCUCCGACAAGGACAUACGUUCGUGAUGCGAAGGCAAUGGCGGCAACACCUGCGGACGUGAAGGAGAAUCCGAAUUCGUAUUUUUUCGUGAUCGACAUGCCCGGGUUGAAAUCUGGGGACAUUAAGGUUCAGGUGGAAGAUGACAAUGUGCUUGUGAUUACUGGUGAGAGGAAGAGGGAGGAAGAGAAAGAAGGAGUUAAGUAUUUGAGGAUGGAGAGAAGGGUUGGCAAAUUCAUGCGCAAAUUCGUGCUUCCAGAGAAUGCCAACACUGAUGCUAUCUCUGCUGUGUGCCAAGAUGGAGUGCUUAGUGUCACUGUGCAGAAAUUGCCACCACCUGAGCCCAAGAAACCAAGGACUAUUGAAGUCAAGCUUGCUUAAGCUUGUUGUAGUAACAGGGGAAUGUAACUGGCUCUGUUUUGUUUGGUUGUGUGUUUUCUCAACUUUUUGUUUUGUAAUGGUUUUGAAGGCUUGGGUGAACUAGUGAAUAUGAUAUUAUUUUUUUCACUCAAA